AUGUCGGAUGAUUACACUAGCAGAUCGUAUCGAAUGGAGUUACUGAAGGCAACCAAUUGGAUGCCGUGGAAGCACCAUAUGCUUGCAGUAUUGGUUGACCUCGGACUGGACGGUUACAUCGCAGAAGGUGCAGCACCUCCAGGAUCAGCAGACCCCAAAACUCCCACCAAUGCUGAAGUCGCAGCAUUGAAGAACGAUUCCGAAAUGGUUCACGUUAUGGGAGCUGAAACGGCAUGCCAAAUGUGGGAACAACUUACCAUGGUCAAGGAAUCCAAGAGCCGACUCGGAGUGUUGGCCACCCGCCGAACACUAUAUUGGGCAACAGUGGAGGAAGGAUUUGAUAUGGCAGAGCAUAUCGCAAAGCUAUGCCAGUUGCAGGAGGAACUGCACACAAUGGGUAGCAAGAUCUCGGAUGAGGAUUUUGUCAUGAUCCUUAUCACAUCCCUUCCCAAGUCAUGGGAUAAUUACACUUCACCUUAUCUCGGAUCUAGUGGCAGUAAGCCAGAGCUCAAAUCUCAAGAGCUCGUAGCAAUUUUAUUGGAAGAAUCCCGAUGA